AUGCACCAUGGUGGAAGACUGAUACACAAGUACUAUGUUGAUGGAACUGUUACAUACUUUGAUUAUGUGGAUAAAUACAAGAUGUUUUUAAUUGAAAUAGACUGCAUGGCUGUGUAUUUGGGGCACGUUGGUAGGAUUGAUUACUGGUAUAGGGUUGAAGAUGAGGGUGAAUUGAAGAGGAUGGAGUUUGACUCAGAAGUUAUUCAAAUGUGUGAAAAUGUGCCUGAGCUACCAGAGUUUGAUAAAGCAAUUGUUGUACAUGAUAGGUUGGAUAAAGUUACAUCCAAUGAGGUACAUAAGACUAGGAAACCAACUCCAUCCAUGAAUUCAGCUACUACCAAAGGCAAAGCAAAGGUGGCAGCAGUUGAUGAAGGCAGUCUACAACAUGAGACAAACAGAGAUACUUCCAAAGGCAAACAAAAGGUGGCAGCAGUUGAUGAUGAGUGUGUACAACAUGAUACCACCAAAGCUAGGACCAAAGGCAAACAAAAUGUGGCAGAAGUUGAUGAAGGGUUUGUAGAUGCUGAGAUAAAUGAAGUAAGAAGAUCUGUUAGGAAGAGGAACCCCUCAAUUCAACAAGAAGCUGAUGAAGCUGAUGAUGCUGACGAUUCUUCAAAAACUGAUGAUGAGAGUGACCCUGACUUUGUGGAUAAUGAAUACGGUAUUGAUGAGGAUGAUGAUGAUGAAGUGUUCUUAAACGAGGUUGACAUAGAUGGUGAGUGGGGUGGAGCAAAUGCUGAGCAAUCAAUACCAAAGCCUUCAUUUGUGGAAGACUUUGUAGAUAAUGAAGACAUUUGGCAUGCAGUUUGCAAAUAG